CAGAAGAAGGAGAAGGAGAAGUAAAAGGAUGUCGAUUCGAGUGCUGAAUCCGAAUGCGGAGGUGCUGAACAAAUCGGCGGCGCUACACAUGAACAUCAACGCCGCCAAGGGCUUGCAGGACGUCCUCAAGACCAACCUCGGCCCCAAGGGCACCAUCAAAAUGCUUGUUGGCGGAGCCGGCGACAUUAAGCUCACUAAGGAUGGCAACACUCUGCUCAAAGAAAUGCAAAUUCAAAACCCAACGGCAAUUAUGAUUGCGCGUACAGCUGUUGCCCAAGAUGACAUUAGCGGAGAUGGCACCACGUCUACUGUCUUGUUCAUUGGCGAGCUUAUGAAACAAUCAGAACGAUACAUUGACGAAGGGAUGCAUCCCCGUGUCCUGGUUGAUGGUUUUGAGAUAGCCAAAAGAGCAACGCUGCAGUUUCUUGAGAAAUUCAAAACUCCUGUGGUGAUGGGCGAUGAGCCUGACAAAGAGAUUUUGAAAAUGGUAGCAAGAACAACAUUGCGAACAAAGUUAUAUGAAGCAUUGGCAGAUCAAUUGACUGACAUAGUUGUUAAUUCGGUUCUUUGCAUCCGCAAACCUGAGGAGCCCAUUGAUCUGUUCAUGGUGGAGAUUAUGCACAUGCGACACAAAUUUGAUGUAGACACACGCUUGGUUGAGGGUCUUGUUCUCGAUCACGGUUCUAGGCAUCCUGAUAUGAAGCGGAGAGCAGAGAAUUGUUUCAUUUUGACAAGCAAUGUAUCUUUGGAAUAUGACAAAAGUGAAGUAAACUCAGGCUUUUUCUAUUCAAAUGCGGAGCAGAGAGAAGCAAUGGUUUUAGCUGAAAGGCGCCAGGUUGACGAAAGAGUUAAAAAAAUCAUUGACCUGAAAAAUAAGGUUUGCUCUGGUAAUGAUAAUAACUUUGUCGUUAUCAAUCAGAAGGGAAUUGAUCCCCCAUCUCUGGACCUUCUCGCAAGGGCAGGGAUUAUUGCCCUGAGAAGAGCAAAGAGGAGAAAUAUGGAACGGUUGGUUUUGGCUUGUGGCGGGGAGGCUGUAAACUCCGUAGAUGAUUUAACUCCUGAUUGCCUUGGUUGGGCUGGACUUGUAUACGAGCAUGUCCUUGGUGAAGAGAAGUAUACAUUUGUUGAAAAUGUGAAGAAUCCCCACUCUUGCACAAUCUUAAUCAAAGGGCCUAAUGACCAUACAAUUGCUCAGAUUAAGGAUGCUGUUCGUGAUGGCCUGAGGGCAGUUAAAAACACAGUUGAAGAUGAAGCUGUCAUCUUAGGUGCUGGAGCUUUUGAAGUUGCAGCCAGACAAUAUUUAGUGAAUGAAGUAAAGAAAACUGUUAAAGGGCGUGCUCAACUCGGUGUUGAAGCUUUUGCUGAUGCUCUUCUUGUGGUGCCCAAAACACUUGCUGAGAAUUCUGGCCUCGAUACACAAGAUGUGAUAAUUGCUCUUACGGGAGAGCAUGAUCGGGGAAAUGUCGUGGGACUAAAUCACAACACUGGAGAACCGCUUGAUCCACAGAUGGAGGGUAUCUUUGACAACUACUCUGUGAAGCGACAGAUUAUAAACUCAGGGCCCGUAAUUGCAUCUCAACUGUUGUUGGUCGAUGAAGUAAUUCGUGCUGGGCGUAACAUGCGGAAGCCAACUUAAACACUAGCUUAAUGCAACUGACCGAGGGCAGUUGUUGAGGAUUGUUAAGGAGGGAAUCUGAAUUUGCAUCUGCUCUGGGUUUUUUCUUAUGAUGAAUUUGUGUAAUUUAUUUAUCUGGUGUGGCUAAAACUUUUCGAGGUUCGCAUUUUCCACUCGUUUUCGAGGUUGAAUCGGUUCAACCAGGGUGGAAAAGAAUUAUAUGAUUUUGUUGGCCUCUGUUCUUGAAUUUUCAACAAUUAAUAGAAUUUCGAGUUUUUACUA